AUGAUCAUUCAUCAUCGUAUCUCCGUCGGUCGGUACCCGUUUUCUUCUUCCCAGGACCCCAAGCGGAAGGUGGGGAGCAAGCGAGCUCGGCAGGAGGAGCAGGCGGAGGAGCAGGCGGAGGAGCAGGCGGAGGAGCAGGAGCAGAAGCAGCAGGAAGAGAAGCAGCAGGGAGAGCACGAGCAGGAGGAGCAGGCGGAGGAGCAGCAGAUGUCUGUUGAGGGAGAUCAAGUUCAGGCUGAGGAUGGAGCAAACAAAGAAGCUGCUGCGGAGGGCAACGGAGCAGAGGGAGAGGGAGGAGAACCGAAGGAGAGUUCAGGCGCAGCAGAAGGGGAGGGAGGCGGAGGGGAAGGAGGGGGAGGGGGUGCUGAAGACAAGAAGGAGGUGAAGGAACAGGGAAAGGGCGGAUCGGCUGUUGGCGGAGGAGAGGAGUACGAGCUGAGCAUAUAUGAGCGCGUGAAUUACAUCGUCUUCAUCAUCCACUGUUUCCAGUCGCUGGAGAAUCCAUUGGUGCGGGCGUGUGUGCUGCCGCUGGUGUCGCUGCCCCUGUGGCAUGCGCUCUCACCGGCCCGCAGGGAGCGCGAGCUGCUUUUUUCCACGUCGCUGGAGAACCCACUGGUGCGGGCGUGUGUGCUGCCGCUGGUCUCUCUCCCCCUGUGGCACGCGCUAUCACCGGCCCGCAGGGAGCGCGAGCUGCACCCCCACGCGCACCUGCUCGCCCUCUGGUCGCGCCUGCUCAAACGGGACGCCAAGAACCGCCACGCCAGGCUGGCUGCUGUGGCGGAGGGUGGGGAGAAGCGGGCCGAGGCGGAGGCGGCUGAGCGGAAGGAGAGGCGCGGGGUUCGAUUCCUGCCUGGGUUGAUUCUGGAGUUCUUUUCUGUAAGUGUUGGACGAGGUGGUGGAGAAGGGCCCAGACUACGAAGACGACCAGAGCGAGGGGUGCUGCUAGAGAGGGCAGUGGACCACCCGCGGCUUCUCUUUUGCGAGCGCUUCCUGGAGCUGCUCAUAGACCUGCUCAGCCAGCUGCCCACACGCAGGUUCUUUCGUCCUGUAGUGGAUGACAUGGCCGUCGCCGCCCGGUGCCGCCUGAGCCGGCUGUACCGGCACCCGCGUGGCCGUCUUUUUGUGCAGCUGGUGGAUCUGCUGCGAUUCUACGCUAGAUUCCAAAUGGACGACCACGCCGGGCGGCAACUGGAUGAGGAGGAGGUGGACAGGGAGCACUGCGCUCGUGUGUCGGCCCUUCAGCUGUUCCUCUUUAACAAAGUGCCAGAGCUACGUGACGUCGCCCUGACCAACGUGGGGAGUGUGGAGCAUGCUGACGGAGUGCGCAAGUGGAUGGGGCGACUCACAGACGAGCAGCUGGCGGAGCUGGUGCUCAACAAGCUGAAGCUGCUGUCUCGAGCGGGCCUGCCGUACCGGCCGCCACGCCACCUCCUCUCCUCCACUCGCCGCCCCAAAGCUCCCACACGAAUGGUGGUGGAAGAGGGUUCAGAGGAGCAGCAGCAGGAGCAGCAGGAGGAGGAGGAGGAGGCAGAGCAGCAGUACUGGGAGCAGCAGCGGGCCGUGCUCUUCCACCAAGGCUGCUUGGCACUGCCGAAACUUAAUUUGCAGUUCCUCACGUUGCACGAUUACCUGCUGCGGAAUUUCAACCUGUUUCGGCUCGAGUCGACGUACGAGAUUCGGGAGGAGGUGCACGAUGUGCUAAAGCGGAUGGGGGCGAAGGGGAGCAUGUACAGCAGCGUGGACCGGGAUACGGAGUUCACCGGGUGGGCCCGAAUGGCCAUUCAGAUCUCGUCGUUCCGGAUUGUAGAAGUUAAGGCGCCGCUGCUAGGCGAGGUGCAGCCGGCGGCGGUUCUAGCGGAAGUGGAGUACUCUAUAGGGGGGUAUAAGGCGGCGAUGCGGAGCGAGUGGGAGGAGAUUAAAGAGCAUGACGUGCUGUUCCUGCUUGGGAUACACCCGGAUGAGAUUGCGUUGCAAGCUGCGGCCGAUGCUGCUGCGGCACAGGCGGCGGCGCAGGCGAAGCGAGAGGCGGGAGAGGAUGGGGCGGAGGAGGAGGAAGCAGCGGCGGAUGCUGCUGCGGUGGUCUCGUCGCUGUCCGUCCCGCAGAGAUACGGGUUAAGAUAUGUGCGGGGGUGCGAGGUGAUAGAGUUGCGCGAUGAGGACAACAAGCUGAUGAAUGACUUCUCUGGAAGGGUGAAGCGGGAGGAGUGGAAACCACCCAAAGGGAACAAGCGCACAGCUCUCGUCGCCCUCGAUCCCGCCCAGUUCCAGCUGGAUUUAGAGGCCAAUGGAGGGACACUGAGAGGAGCGCAGGAGGAGGUUUACUCGGCUUUAAACGUGGUGAUGCGGAGGAAGCCAAAGGAGAAUAACUUCAAGCCGAUUCUGGAGUCGAUCCGGGAUCUGAUGAACGAGGAGGCGUCGGUGCCAGGCUGGCUGCAUGACUUGUUUUUGGGGUACGAUGAUCCGGCAGCCGCCAGCUGGCGGCGCAUGCCUGCUGAGCUGGCGCCGUGGCGCGUGGAGGUGGUGGAUUUCAGAGACACGUUUGUGGAUGCGGAGCAUUUGAAGGAGUGCUUCCCGGGCUUUAAGGUGCGGUUUGUGGAUGCGGAUGGGUUUGAGAACCCUGACCCUCAGCCUCCGUUCCGCGUGACUAUACCCAUGCCGAAGGCGCAGGAGGAGGGGCGUGGGGUGGCAAUGGGGGGGAAGAAGAAGGGGCAGGAGAAAGAGGGGAAGGGGAAGGGGAAGGGGAAGAAGGGGGCGAAGGGGAAGAAGAAGGGGAAGGGGAAGGGAGGGGAGGAGGAGAAGGGUGGGGAGAAGGAGAAGCAGGAGGGGGAGCAGAUGGAGGUGGAUGGGGAAAAGGUCAAGGAAGGAGAUGGUGGAGACGAGGCACCACAGCAGGGAGAGCAGGGAGACAAGGGGGAGCAGGGAGGGCAGGAGGAGGGUGAGGGGGUGGUGAUUGCGGAGUCGGUGCCUCUGCCUGACCCCGGGCCCACCUCUCCCCACCGCCUCUCUAUGCCCUGUCUCUCACCUCUUCUGACCGCCUCUCACUCCUCCCCAGCACAUCUCUCGCCACCCCUUGUAACCUCUCCUCACUGUGGCUUACCUCUCCGCGUGUCACCUCUCCUCACCGCGUGUCACCUUUCCCCACUGUGUCUCACCUCUCCCUACCGACUCCCACCUCUCCCCACCGCUUCCCACCAGGUGGACGCCAUCAUCAGCGGGGUGCAGCCGGGGUUGACCAUGAUAGUGGGGCCGCCUGGAACCGGCAAGACUGACACGGCCGUGCAGAUCCUGCAGGUGCUGUACCACAACUGCCCUGAACAGCGCACGCUUGUCAUCACUCACUCCAACCAGGCCCUCAACGACCUCUUUGAGAAGAUCAUGCAGCGGGAUGUGCCGGCGCGUUACAUGCUGCGACUGGGCAUGGGAGAGCAGGAGCUGGACACGGAGCAGAAGUUCAGCCGCAUGGGGCGCGUCAACGACAUGCUUGCUAGGAGGCUCGAGCUGCUGGCUGAGGUGGAGCGACUGGCAGUGACACUUGGGCGGCCAUCUGACGUGGCGUACACGUGUGAGAGCGCGGCCUACUUCUGGCUGCUGCACGUGCUCGCCAGGUGGGAGGCAUUUGUGGCCAAGUGUGAGUCGGUUCGCGACGCUGCUCCAGCUGAGUCCACGCCUGCUGCUGAACCUGCUCCUGCUACUCCUGCUGCUCGUGAGUCGGUUCGCGACGCUGCUCCAGCUGAGUCCACGCCUGCUGCUGAACCUGCUCCUGCUACUCCUGCUGCUCCUGAUUCUGCACCUGCUGCUGCUGCUGCUGCUGCUGAGGAGGGCGCUAAGGAUGUGCCGAUGCAAGAUGCCAAUGAUGCUGCACCUGCUGCUGCUCCUUCCAGUGCUGCCGCUGCUGCUGCUGCUGCUGCUGCGGGGAGCAGCGGCGGGGGCAGCAGGGCAGCGAGCAUAGUGAGGGACACCUUCCCCUUCACGGAGUUCUUCCAGGAGGCACCGGGCUUUAAGAUGACGGGCGCGUCGUACGCACAGGACAUGCGCAUGGCAGAGAGCUGCUUCGAGUUCCUCAAGGGCAUGUUCCAGGAGCUGGAAGAGUGCCGGGCAUUCGAGCUGUUUAAGACCACAGCGGACCGCUCCAACUACCUGAUGGCCCGCCAAGCCAAGGUGGUGGCCAUGACGUGCACGCACGCGGCGCUCAAGCGACGGGACUUCCUGAACCUCGGGUUCCACUUUGACAACCUGCUCAUGGAGGAGUCAGCUCAGAUCCUCGAGAUCGAAACCUUCAUCCCCAUGCUGCUGCAGCGCCCCGACGGCCCCUCCCGCACCGUCGCUGGCACUGGCACUGGCACUGCUGCUGCGUCUGCUGCUGGUGCUGCGGCUGCUGGUGGUUCGUCUGGUGCUGGUGGCGGCAACGGUGCCUUGUCCUACUCUCGCCUCAAGCGCUGCAUCUUGAUCGGAGACCACAACCAGCUGCCCCCCGUCGUCAAAAACAUGGCCUUUCAGAAAUACUCGCGCAUGGACCAGAGCCUUUUCACCCGCUUCGUCCGCCUGGGCGUCCCUUACAUAGAACUCAACGCCCAGGGCCGCGCCCGGCCCUCCAUUGCCCAGCUUUACAACUGGCGAUACCGCGACCUGGGGGAUUUACCCGUGGUGAAGACCGGGGAGGAGUAUGUGCGCGCUAACGGGGGGUUUGCGUGGGAGUAUCAACUGGUGGAUGUGGGGGAUUGGAUGGGGAGAGGGGAGAAUGAGCCCAACCCGUGGUUCUACCAGAAUUUGGGCGAGGCGGAGUAUGUGAAGCAUCUGAUCAGGGAUGUGAUCGAGAGGAGAUGUGCGGGGAACCCCCGCUUCGGCCGCCCCAGCAAGGUGACCACGGUCGAUCGCUUCCAGGGCCAGCAGAACGACUACAUUCUGCUCUCCCUCGUGCGCACGCGCACCGUGGGCCACCUGCGUGACGUGCGGCGCCUUGUGGUGGCCAUGUCCCGCGCCCGCCUCGGCCUCUACUGCUUCUGCCGCCGCGCGCUCUUCGAGCAGUGCUACGAGCUCCAGCCCACCUUCCAGCUGCUGCUGCAGCGCCCGGAUAGGUUGGGUUUGGUGUUGGAGGAAGGGAGUGCGAGGACGGGGAGGGCGGCAGGGGAGGGGAGUGAGGGGGCGUAUUUGGUGCCGGGGAUUGAGGAGAUGGCCAGGAUGGUGGAGUGGCGGCUGCAGAACGUGACUGAGCAGGUGAGGCGGAGGGGGAUGGGCUGUGAAUGA